AUGGGGAAAUAUAGCCACUGCACAGAGGUAACUCCGGAAUGCCCUGUCGAGGCGACUAUUUAUGGCUACAAACCUAAUCCAGCAGUCAACUUGAUAUGCGUGGUUGUCUUUGGCGUACUGUUCUUUGUUGCGGUUUGGCAAACUUACAAGCAUAAGACAUACUCAUUCGGAGUUGCAAUGUCUCUGGGCUGCGUGGCUGAAGCCAUAGGAUACGGCGGUCGCCUCGUUCUCAACAGAAACCCCUGGGAUUCAAAUGGUUUCCAAAUCCAAAUCUGCACUCUCAUCAUCGCACCGUCAUUCUUCACAGCCGCCAUAUAUCUCACCCUCAAACAUCUGUGUUUCGCCCUGGGACCGCAUCUCUCAAUAAUAAAGCCGUCGCUAUACACCUGGAUAUUCAUCAGCUUUGACGUCCUAUCUCUCUCACUCCAGGGUGCUGGUGGCGCACUCGCAGCAACUGGGGACACAGAGCCAGACAAGAACAGGGGAGCUCAAAUCAUGCUUUCUGGUAUUGUGUGGCAAAUUGUCACAUUGAUAAUUUUCGGUGGUAUGGCUGGACAUUUCUUCUGGCGCCUGCUUGGUGAUGGUGGCCGCCGGAUGUCCAUCGAGUCUCAGAAGGUGUGGGCGAACACAAAAUUCAGGAGAUUCCUUAUUAGCUUGGAUAUCUCAUUCUUCGUAAUUUUUGUUCGAUGCACUUACCGAAUCGCCGAAAUGGCCGGAGGCUGGUCCAAUCACAUUAUGCAAGAUGAAAUCUCAUUCGUUAUUCUAGAGGGAGUGAUGUGCAUAAUCGCUGCCAUCCUUCUUACCACCUUCCACCCAGGCACCCACUUCCCUCAAAUGCGAACAGACUAUCAAAAGGACAACACUGACCGGUUCUCAAUGGUUCCACCCCAACAAACUGAAACCUCGUAUGUCGCAGUUGACCGCCAGCCGCUUAUUGAUAACCAGCGUCCAGAAACAGAAGACCAAGGCCGCCUCUGGCCUGCUGUCAUCGUACCCCCUGUCCCGUGA